AUGCUUCAGCAUGCCUUGCUCGAAUCUUCUGAAGAUCGGAAGGAGCUGAGCCGCAAUUGGCCCGCUCUUCGCGGCCAAUCCUUGUCUUUCGAUGGACUUGCAGCUGUCAAUGGCGCUGGCCCCCGUUCAGAUGUUAGCAAUGCUAGAAGCACACUCCACGAAAUCCCGGCGGUCGGCGUCGUGUUUCUCAUGAGUGCUAUUAAUGCGGUGAGCUACGGCACGCUCCUUUUCGCAACGCUUGACGUGGAUGCUGCAUCACACGCGACCAUGUUGCCUAAUGGCACCAGCAUUUGGCUGCUCAGCCAAGUGGGUGCGCAGCUGGGCACACUGUUUGUCUCGGACAUCCGAAGUGGCAUUUGUUGCCCUAUGCUCGAAAUGAUACCUAUUUUCCACGCUAUGUUCUCAACGAUUGCCUCCAAGAUGCCAGAAUCCUCACUUCCAGAGGUGCAAGGAACUUGCAUUGCCAGUUGCUUUGUAUGUACUGCAAGCAUUGGUAUCACGUUGUUGCUUGGAGCACGCCUUGGCCUUGCCAAAUAUCUUCGUGCAGUGCCGCUGAUCGUGCUGAAAGGCGCCUUGUUUGGAGUCGCCCUCUUCUUGAUUUCCAGCUGUCUACAGGUCUCGACCGUGUCAACGCUUUCCCUUGAGAAGACAUGGCACCAUUGGAUGCCUGCUGUGCUGCUAGGGUUGUUGCUUUUUGGACUGGAUGAAGCCAUACAUUCACCUGUUGCCAUUGCAUUGAGUUUGUUGGCCAUUGGCGUUACCCCUACGCUCUUGGAUGUCUCGGGCCUUUGCACGAUCUCAAAUUUGCAAGAGCAAGGCUGGGUAUUCUACGGAGCCCAGGAUUCUGCAGCAGAUUCUGACGCCUGGUACGUGCAGCUGAUUGAUGUGUACGCAUCAUCUUUUGACAAAAUCCAUUGGCUGGUGAUCCUAGAGAUGAUGCCAACUGUGUUGGGCAUUGCGGCUUCAGCUGCACUGUUGAUGUUGAUGGAUUUAAAGGCCGUGGAACUCUUGACGGAGCGCGAGUUUAGCUUGGACAAGGAGCUCCGCAGCAUUGGUGUCAGCAACCUGUUCAGCGCCCUCAUUGGUGGGGGCUGGCCUUGCUACAUCCUCUGCUCCCUGAACGUAACUUGCCACCGUCUGGGUGGCAGGUCCAAGUUUGUGGGAGUUUCCCUUGCCGUCGGCGCAGUUGUCUGCCUUUUCUUGGUAUCUAAGCUUCUUCCACGGCUUCCGCGCAUCCUGCCCGGAAGCCUCUUCAUGUGGCUGGGCUUGGUCUUUGUCAAAGAGACGAUCGUGGACAUCUGCUCGAAGCACACCCACAAAUCGGACGUUUUCAUCGUAGCAGUCAUGGCUUUAGUGGUAAAGUUCUAUGGUUUCAACGAUGCGCUUCUUGUCGGAACCCUUUUGGCCAUGAGCUUCUUCACGGUUCGCUACAGCGGCGCCCAGGUGGGGGUCCGCACCUCUGGGGACGCACGCUUUUAUCGCGCCAUCUGCACGCGGGACUUUACUGAGCACUCGGCGUUGGAGGAGUUGGGGCAUCUCAUCGAGGUUGUGCAUGUCAGCGGCUUCCUCAUGUUUGCCUCCACGCCGGCUUUCACGGACGCGCUGCGCAAGCUGAUGGCCGACGCAUCGGAAGGCCCGGAAUGGAUCCUUCUUAAUUGCCAGAACCUGCAAGGCCUGGAUUACUCUGCGGCUUUGGAGCUGGCCACUUUGGGACGCAAGGCAAAGGAGAGCCAAAAGCGUUUGGUCGUCACUGAGCUUCAAGGCAGUGUGCAGGAGGUUCUGGAACAGGCACGGGUGGAACUCAAAGCGCUGCCUGGUCCUGGCAGUCCUGGCAAUGUUUCGUAUGGACUUUUCUACCAGCCACACUACCAGCGUGCCUUGCAGCGCUGUGAGAAUGCCGUUCUGGCUCGCCUUGGCCAGCGUCUGCCAAGCAAAUCCCAGCACAUGCUCAGUCGGCUUGGGUCAGAGGAGGCAUUCAUGCGUGAUGUGCUGAAACGAUACUUGGGCGACUUUCUGCCAGAGGAGGUGUUGCAAGAGAAAUUGACGAUAGCUCUGGCUCUUUUCCAGAGGCAGAUUGUGGAGCCGGGGACUGUAGUGUGGCACGCAGGCGAGGAGUGCACCAAGUGUGCCUGUGUGGUGGAGGGCACCCUGCAUGCAUAUGCGCACUCAAGCAGGGAGAGAACAGGUGAGGCACCACUUCCCCAAAGAAGUGGUUUGGGGAGCUCCGUGUUCGGCAGGGAUCGACUUGUUUGUAUUGCCGGCCCUGGUGAUUUCAUUGGCUUCUUGGCCAUGGUGAACCAUUUUCCUUAUGAGCAUACUGCCGUGGUGCCUAUGCGUGAAGAAGAUGAUGAGGAGCCCGAGUCAACGACUCUCCUGGUGCUGGAGAGGAGCCAGUACCAAGAGCUCUUGAUCUCAGACCCUCCAUUGGGCCAAGCGCUUGUGCGAGGUUUCCUGAGGCAGAUCAGUUAUGAGUGGCGGGAGCUGUCGCGGUUGUCCGUGGCCUGA